GUUUUAGUAUUGUUCUCAAGAAGCUGACGCGAGAAAAGGAUUGGGAUGGACUUGGAACAGUCGUGCCCGUGAGCAAGUUGCGACCCGCAACCACUUAAGCGUUAUUAGGCUGGAGAUUGCCUGCUUCGUCACUACUCUACUACAUACCCAUGUGGAUUUUGGCUUCUCCGAUCAUCCCGGCAUGAUCUUCGCCGCUGACGUGUCACCGGUUCACCAUCAGUAAGAUGCAUAUGUGAGAUACCAAAAUUAUGACACUCUCUAGAUAUUUCUCGUAUCCACCCUCUACUCUCCUGUCGAUGCUGUCGACAAUGAUAACGAGUUUGAGGAUGCAGAAUGGUUCGGGGCAGGACAUCGUCCUAAGUUGCAUAAUAUCAUUCGCGUGUGGCCCAUGUUGAGCCAUGGCGUGUUGGUAUGUACAUCGAUACUCUUCUUUGCGUUGUGGAUGGGCACGCCUUCGCCCCACCUGCGUGAUGACAUUGCUAUAUACUCUCCUGCAAGUGGUGCUGUUGACCCCAUCGUCGUAAGACUCAACGGAACCCUCGACUUUCCUUCUAUCUAUCGUGGUCCUCCUUCCCCAGAAAUUGAUGCUGCUUGGAACAGGAUAGCUCACGAUGUGCUACCAACUCGGAUGUCACUUGAGGAAAUUCUCAAAGCCGGCGAAGUAGAUUCACCUUCCAAGGUCAAAUAUCCAGAGGAAUUUGGUGGGGGUUUCAUGGUAUCCAUGGAGGCCCCUCACCAACUCCAUUGUCUGAAUUUACUUCGCAAAUCCACGUGGCCCAAGUAUUACGAACCAACGGAUAUUUCGUUCCAAGACACGCCCGAAGUAGUCCGCAUGCAUCUUGAUCAUUGCAUCGAAAUGAUCAGGCAGAAUCUCAUGUGCAAUGUCGACGUGAACAUAAUACUAUGGGACUGGGUUCAGGGAUACAAAUACCCAUACCCUAACUUCAAUACCCGCCACCAAUGCAGGGACUACGAGAAAAUCUUGGAUUGGGCUGUGGAGCAUGCUGUUCAUAUACCGAAAGAGGCGGUUACUCGUUUCGAAGAUACAGUCGACAUGCCCUUGCCCGUCCAUCUGAAGCACGUUGAUGUAUAAGGGAGACUCUUUUAUACAUCAUUGCGUGCUGAAUUUCAAACUCACGAGUUCAGUAUCUUGCAAGAACGAUGAUUACGGGACAGAAGAGUCGUACAUCCAUCUUGUUCUCUAACGUCGCGCUGGUAAAUUCUUUCAAGUGCUGUUACUACUCAUUUCUGUCAGCAUCUAUGUCGUCGUCGCCGUCGU